AUGUGGCACUACUUUACAGAACCUAAGUGAAACCGAAUCAAGAGGCUUUAUCUUAUAUUACGAAGUGGAGCUUCAGAUACAAAGCAAAACUGAUGAUGUGAAAAAUGUCACAAAAAACAAUUAUAAAAUCAAUAUUCCAAAACCAUCUGGAAGUAUUUUGCUGUCUGCUAUCAACUCUAAAGGAAAGUCUCCGGCAGCAAUCAUUUCUUUACCAAUAAACACAGGUUUUCCUCCUCCACAGACAGUAACCUGUAAGCCUAACAUCAACAGUAUUUCAGUAUUUUGGAAUCCACCAGAGAAAGAAAUGACUCCAUUGCAAAGCUAUGUUGUGUCAUGGACUCCGCAUAGCCGAAAAAAACGUGAUCUCAACUGGAUCCGACUCGCAAAAGACAAACUGUCACUGAAUAUAUCAGAAAUCCAUCCUAAUGUUUGUUACAAAAUCACUGUAUUUGCACUUUAUGACCAAGGAAUUGGAAUAGCUGGUUUUAUACAGGCAAUUUCUACUCAAUCAGUUCCUACAGCAGCCCCUAAAAUAGAAGUCAAACAUUUCAACAGAACCAGCAUAAUUGUAAUUUGGAAAGCCAUUCUUGUUGAGCAUCAAAAAGGAUGUGUAAGCUACAAUGUUUAUGUUGAUAGACUUGAUAAAGUCUCACAGCCUUUAAAAUAUGGUUCAAUAAACUGUUCAAAGAAUGAAUUCAUUGUUAAAGACUUGGAACAAGGUUUACAUUACCAGGUUUGGAUGACUGCUUCUAUGGGAACUGCCGAGGGACAACGUAGCGAGAAGAAAACUAUUUUUUUAAAUAAGGAAGAAAAAUAUGAUCAGUUGAUCAUGCAAGCCUCUGGGAUUGUCAUUGUGUGUUUGCUGCUCUGUGUAUGUUCUACAAUACUAGACAGACAAAGGAUAAUGAGAUGGUGUUCUGUGUUGCUGCCUCAGUGGUUUACUUACCAUGUGCCCGAUCCUGCCAACUGUAAGUGGGCACAGGAAUUUUCUUCCAACAAGGAUCAAAAGAAGUUUGUUCACAGCCCACAAAAAAAUGACUCGCUGUCGAGCUGGGAAGAACCGGAAACAUUUGAAAUUGAAGAGGUUUUAGAGAAUAAUGAAUCAAUGUGGGAUUCUACUCAUGAAAAUACAGCUAAUGAUGAAGGUAACGCAAGGCUGGAUCUGUUACCAACUUGCAGGCCAGAGGAUCUGAUAAUAUAUAAACACCAGUUGCCUAGUCCAUAUAUUCGAAACAUGUCACAAGAGACCGAAAUCAGCAGCGAUGCCCCAGAGUUCUGUGAUGUGGAUUACAUAUCAUCAAAUCUGCUACAUAUGGAAUCAUCUCAAGAGGAAAGCAGCGGAUUUAUGGAAGAUUCCUUUUCACCUUUCCCAUGCAGUCCAUUUAGUGAACCUCUUAUUUUGUUUGGUGGAAAACUCACCUUAGACGCAGUGAAAAUCGACUGUAACUCCUUUUUAGACUGAAGUUCACCAUUUAU